GGAGAUAAACCCACCGUGAAGACGUUGUUGAAAGCGAAUGGUCUAGUCAGAUUGUUCAAGCUGAAUCCCGAGUUCAAGCUCACCUUCCACAAGAUGAAUCUGCAAGGCGCUGGAGUCACUGUGGUUACGGACGCUUCAUUGGGCAAUGUCACUCGAACAGGCAGUGAUGAGGGCACCCUGAUGACCAAGACCUUUUCCCAAGCCGCCUUCAUGGUCCUCGAUCGGAAUUUGAUGGCUGGACGAGAAGGGCAAUGUGCCUUCAUUGAUGGACGUUCACACCGCGUCAGCCGAGUGUGCCGCUCGACAUAUUCUGCAGAGCUCCAAGGAGCCGAGGAAGCGCUGGACAAUGGUGUUUUCAGUCGUGGGCUCUUAGCAGAUGUCUUGGGUUGGGAUGUUUUGGACAAAACUGAAGACUACAACGAGGAAAUCCCCUUGAACCUCGUCACGGACGCAAAAGAUGUCUAUGACAAAGGGAUGACAGACACCGCAACAUACGGGUCACAAAAGUCUUUGGCCUCCACCAUAGCCUGGAUGGGAGAAGAUUUCACAAAGCCACGUACGGCUUUGAGCUGGACGUCAACUGAAAAUAUGCCAGUGGACUGUGGGACGAAAGCCGUGGACACCUCUCAUCUGGUGAAGAUUUUUAACACCGGACGAUGGAGUGUGACAUACAAUGCAGCCUUCAUCAAGCAGAAUGUCAAGAAGCGACUGCCUCUACGCCAAAGAGGACCUGUGCUUCCUGGACGCUUGCUGAGCGAUGACGCUCUGAGACUCUCCGAGUUGCCUGGAUGGCACUUUCGAGAGAAUUUUGUGAUCCAUGUGUGUAGGAACGCAAAGUCUUUUAAGACGCCAGAACCUCGCUUCAAGCCUGCACAGUUCCCCAUUCGGUCAAGCUAUGGAAGAUUUGACUCGCUGGUCCAAUCCGAAUGGCGGGUGCUUGAAGAAAGUGUAGCUUACAGCGGCAAAUCCAUGAUUGGAGAUACUGCCGAUGUCUUAGUUACCUUUUUCCAUGGUUCACAACCUCAGCUGUUGAUCCACAAAGAAGAGGAUCAACUGAGAAAGCAUGCAUGA